UGGUAAAGUAGUCACGCGGCAUUUUCGUUUACCUUUGCGUUAUUCAAUUUUUACAAGAAAACAAAGAGUAUUUUCAAUUGAUAGUAGUAAGUUAAGUUGUGACUAUUUCCUUCCUUUUACACCAGCAACAAAUAAAGUGCCUUCGAUAGAAAUUAGAAAUUUUUGCCUCAACUCUAUGAAACACAAGACAAUGGGAGCUCUUAGCCCUUUGGAUCCAUCUUCAUUUUCUAGACCAGAACUCUGUUUAAUAAAGCAUAUACAACUUACAUAUGAUGUGGACUUUGAAAACAAAAUAUUACAUGGGACUGCUUUGUAUAAUAUACAAGUUAUAGACUUUAUGGAUGAUUUGAUAUUAGACACCAGUGAGUUAACCAUAGAGUCAGCGGAGCUUGACGAUGGUACCCAAUUAAAGUUUAAAUUAGGCGAAUUUAUACCAAACUUAGGUUCCAAGUUAUCAGUACGUCUGCCGACGUCUGUUGCGCCAGAGAAAGAGUUUGGGUUAAAGAUCAAGUUCAAAACUGCGCCUACCGCUACUGGGUUGCAAUGGUUAGCACCAAAUCAGACCGCUGGGAAGGAACACCCGUAUCUGUUCAGUCAAUGUCAGCCCAUCCACGCGCGUUCUAUCCUCCCGUGCCAAGACACGCCGGGCGUCAAAUUCACGUACAACGCCACCGUCACCGCCCCCAAACACUUCACCGUGUUGAUGAGCGCGCUGCGAACAGAUGUAGAAGACGACCAGACCUGGUUCAGCCAACCCGUGCCCAUCCCCUCCUACCUGCUGGCCAUUGCUGUGGGGGUGCUGCAGAGCAAGAAACUAGGAUAUCGAUCAACCGUAUGGGCGGAAAAAGAGAACAUAGAAAGCGCAGCAUCAGAGUUUGAGGAUACGGAGAGGUAUCUGCAGGCGGCCGAGCAGCUGUGCGGCCCCUACCAGUGGAAGCAGUACGACUUGCUGGUGCUGCCGCCCUCCUUCCCGUACGGGGGCAUGGAGAACCCUUGCUUGACCUUCGUGACUCCCACACUACUGGCCGGAGAUAAAAGCCUAGCAGAUGUCAUAGUGCAUGAAAUAAUGCACAGUUGGACUGGGAACCUUGUGACUAACAGAAACUUUGAGCACUUCUGGCUCAAUGAAGGCUUCACCGUGUUCCUAGAGAGGAAAGUGGGGGCUUCGCUCCAACAAGACCCAGAAACGGCUAUACAAGCCAGAGAUUUCAGCAGUUUACUCGGGAUGCAAGAACUUGAAGAGACUAUACAUAAUGAGCUGGGUGACAAUAGUCCUUUCACACAGUUGGUAAUUAAUUUGGAGGGUCACUCUCCAGACGAUGCCUUUUCACGGGUCCCAUAUGAGAAAGGGUCACUGUUCUUACGUUACCUUGAAGAUCUUGUAGGAGGUCCGGUUGUGUUUGAUGACUUCAUAAAGGCAUAUAUCAAGAAGUUCCAAAGGCAAUCCUUAGACACGUAUCAGUUCAGAGAUUUCUUUUUGGAGUAUUUCAAGGGAAAUGAGAAGAUAUCAAACAUAGACUGGGACACAUGGCUGUUUAAGACUGGACUACCUGAUCUGUACUUCUGUGACAGUUUUGACAGAACAUUGUCGGAUGCGGUGAAAAAAGCUGUUGAUAUGGUGAAAGAUGAAGAAUGUUCAAAGCUGACUUACUCCGAUGUAAGUCGUUUCACACCACAACAAUUGAUAUACCUCCUCCAAUCACUGAUCGAAGAGGAUCCAUCGUCAUUGACAUUGCAAAGACUCCGGGACAUGGGAGAAACAUACAGAAUACAUGGCAAUCCAAACAGCGAAAUCCUAUUCAGAUGGCUCAGGUUGUGUAUACGAAAGAAAGAUCAAGGUAAAUUGGACGAGGCGUUGGAAUUCGUGAAUAACCAAGGCCGUAUGAAAUUCGUGAGACCACUGUACAGAGACCUCUAUGCCUGGGAGGAGGUCAGGGAGAGGGUUAUUAAAAACUUUUUGGAAAAUGAACCAUAUAUGAUGCACGUAUCCGCUUACAUGUUGAGGAAGGACUUGCGUCUCGAAUAAAUGAAUUUUGUAUACUUUUUUCUUUAUUCCACAGUUAUUUUGUUUUAUAUAAAUAAAAUGUAUUAUACUUAUUAACAAGAUUUCAUGCACAUGUAAAUAAAUAAAAAAAUUGUAA